UGGUAUAUACAUUGAGUGGCAUUCAAGUCUUUGUUUCUUUUCUUGAUUACGAUCCUCGUGCUACGUGUUCACGACGUGUUUGGAAACUCCAAAAAUACUAACUCCCCCGAUUUUGCUUCCUCCUCCCGGCAAUCCAAUCCAAUCCAACGUUUACAUAUUCAAUCAAUAGCAAGAUCCCAACAAUCCACUCAAUAAUCAACCUCAGGAGGAGGAAACAGGAGGGGGGAAAUAAUGGCCGAUGACAAAGCAGUUGAGGAAGGUGAAAAGAAGGAGACAAGUCCUACUGCUACUGCUUCUGGGAAUGUAAAGAAGAAGCGCAAAGGAUUCAUUUCCCGAAUUUGGAAUGGGAUUUUUAGGUUACACGGCGAUGAUUUUGAGAAGCGCCUUAAACAUAUUUCUAAAGAGGAAGCUACUGUUAUUGCUCGAGUCACCAGGAGAUCACGAUCCAGGCGCCAGACUUCCCGCAAUCUUAUUGUUUUUUCUGUUAUAUUUGAGGUCAUUGCUGUAGGUUAUGCUAUUAUGACAACAAGAUCGGUGGGUAUUGAUUGGAAAAUGAGGGCGAUCCGGGUUUUACCGAUGUUUCUUUUGCCUGCACUAUCAUCUGCUGUUUAUUCAGCAUUUAUCACCUUCACACGAAUGUGUGAUCGUAGGGACCAGAACAUUCUUGAAAAGCUUAGAGCUGAAAGGCAAGCAAAAAUUGAUGAGCUCAAAGAAAAGACAAAUUAUUACACUACACAACAGCUUAUUCAGAGAUAUGACCCAGACCCAGCAGCAAAGGCAGCUGCUGCAACUGUUUUGGCUUCCAAAUUGGGUGCAGAUUCUGGUAUGAGAUUGUACAUGGGUGAUGAAUCCAAUCUCAGUGGUGCUUCAACAGGGAAGAGCAAUGAUGUUGAACUUGUGCAGUCCUCUGGACUUCGAAAUCGGAAACAAGUUCAAACUAGAUCCACUAGUCCAGGGACAUCCACGCCAAAUUUUGCUGAUCAACAAUUAGCAGGUUCAGGGGGAUUCGAUCAAACCCAGACCUCUGAGUAUAAUCAACAUGCUGUCGUCGAACAUCACCAACCUCAAAGUUCAACCCCACAAGAUGGAGGAUGGAUUGCAAGAAUUGCAGCGUUGCUUGUGGGUGAGGAUCCAACGCAGUCUUAUGCUCUCAUAUGCGGUAACUGCCACAUGCAUAACGGUCUUGUUCGGAAGGAGGAUUUCCCAUUUAUCACUUAUUACUGCCCACAUUGCCAUGCUCUGAACAAACCAAAGCAAUUGGACGGGAGUGUCUCCGGUCUUGCUUCCCCAAAUGCAGGGUCAGUGCAAAUGGAUGAGGGUAUCUUGGGCCUUCCUUCCCUUAAUGUAGGGUCUGUGCAAAUGGAUGAGCGUAUCUCGGGCCUUCCUUCCCUUAAUGUAGGGUCUGUGCAAAUGGAUGAGCGUAUCUCAGGCCUUCCUUCCCCUAAUGCAGGGUCUCCAAAAACAGGCGAUGGUGAGGCAAUUUUAAAUGCUAAUGCUUCUGCUGCAGAGAGCAUAAUCACAAGCAAUGGUCCCGUAAAUGCUAGCCCUGAGGCUGAGAAAGUAUCAGAAAUGACAAAUUUAGAGGAGAAAACUGAUUGAAAUGCUAGCGUACUUUUAGUGAUUUGGUUGUUGGGAUGCCAUGUCUUGCCCCUUGUUCCACGGGAGGAACUGACUAUAAGGGGAGGAACUAAACAGUUGGUUUCCUUUGUUGGUUUUGCUACACGAAGAGUGCGGAAAUACUUUGAUACAUAUUGUGAUUUGUUAUACAUAGAUUAGAUGGAUUGCUUGUGAGAUAAGGCAAUUUUGGUGUGUUUUUUUCUUUCUUUUUUGGUAUUAUAUUGCUUCAGUGUUCCGGUUACAAACCCAGAUCAUACAUGAGAGAAAUUUUGAAAACGGACUUUAUAUCCAUAUUGUGCAUGCAUUCCGGCCAUGAUGGAUCGUCUCAAUUCAUCAAAAGAAAUUGUGAA